CUGACGUCAGCAACCUGCAAUUGAACGAAUGAACUAACGGACGACCGAGCCCCUACCGGAGCUACCGGGAGGCAGUAGAGUUACAGAGCGAGUCCCCGCCGCCCGCCUCGGAGGAGCCAAACGGAGGAAAGUCCACUGUGAGCCGCCGUGAGAACGCCGUGCUGGAAUCAAACGAUGCGAGCGCUGCUCACCGCCGCCAAGUAACACUUAGCCUGCUAUCGACGAGUGGAGAAGAGAACCGUUACCGUGAUUUACCGACAAACACACAGAAGAGAGACGGAGGACGAACGGACGGACAGACCACCACCGAGACCACGUUUGAGAAACAAACAACUGCGGUGGCUACAUCGAGUUGUGUUCGCACUGUGGAUCAAACCGAGUGGAUCCUUCAUUUAAAUGCUUUAACGGAGCCGUACCCCCGGCUUGAGAGCGCGAGAGAGGGAGCUGCCCUGCGAGCGAGAGAAAGGGAUCGAAGACAUAACACAGAAAAGGAGGAAAUUAACCAAGAGAGAAAAAACGGAUUUGCAACCAGCUUUGUUUCCACGCACACGUUUCAUUGAAUCCACCUUUUUAUUGCUUUUUCUUCUCUGGAUCCCGGUUUCGAUUACGCUUUCAAGCUGUGUUCUCUAACCAUGGGAUGUACUCUGAGCGCAGAGGAGAGGGCGGCUCUCGAUCGGAGCAAAGCCAUCGAGAAAAACCUCAAGGAGGACGGUGUCACCGCGGCCAAAGAUGUUAAACUGCUGCUGCUCGGGGCUGGAGAGUCAGGGAAAAGCACCAUCGUCAAACAGAUGAAGAUCAUCCACGAGGACGGUUUCUCUGGCGACGAUGUAAAGCAGUACAAGCCUGUCGUUUACAGCAACACCAUCCAAUCUCUGGCUGCCAUCGUCCGUGCCAUGGAUACACUGGGCCUGGAGUAUGGAGACAAAGAACGGAAGGCGGAUGCUAAGAUGGUAUGUGAUGUCGUCAGUCGUAUGGAGGACACAGAGCCUUACUCCGCCGAGCUGCUCUCCGCCAUGAUACGUCUGUGGUCCGACUCAGGCAUCCAGGAGUGUUUCAGCCGCGCCCGCGAGUACCAGCUCAACGAUUCAGCGCAGUACUACCUAGACAGCCUAGAUCGGAUCGGUGCGCCAGACUACCAGCCCACAGAGCAGGACAUCCUGAGGACCCGAGUGAAGACCACGGGCAUCGUCGAGACACACUUUACCUUCAAAAACCUCCACUUCAGGCUGUUUGAUGUGGGAGGUCAAAGGUCGGAGAGGAAGAAGUGGAUCCACUGUUUUGAGGAUGUCACAGCGAUCAUUUUCUGUGUGGCACUCAGCGGAUACGACCAGGUGCUGCACGAGGACGAGACCACGAACCGCAUGCACGAGUCGCUGAAGCUGUUUGAUUCCAUCUGUAACAACAAGUGGUUUAACGAAACCUCCAUCAUCCUCUUCCUCAACAAGAAGGACCUGUUUGAAAGGAAGAUCAUCAAGUCACCACUGUCCAUCUGCUUCCCCGAGUACACUGGUCCAAACACUUACUUGGAGGGAAUAGACUACAUUAAGUGUCAGUACGAGAGCAAGAACAAGUCACCCAGCAAAGAGGUCUACUCCCAUGUGACCUGCGCUACAGACACCAACAACAUCCAGUUCGUCUUUGAUGCUGUCACUGAUGUCAUCAUAGCAAAUAACCUGCGGGGGUGUGGCCUGUACUGAUGAUUCAGUAAAUGUCAGCCAAUGGAUGAAAGAUGUUUGACUUGUGUUUACCAGUUUGUAGCGCGUAGGAUAUGUGUCCCAUAUCAGUGAUGUCAUCAUAUGAUAUAGCCAGGCAAAUAGUGUGCACGGGCUGUGAUUGUGAUGUCACCAUACUGCUUUACCGUAAGGCUGGCCAUUGGCCCGAUGCAUGAAUUAGUGGAUGGUUGGUUGAGACUUCUUUUAAUGUAUUUGUCUUUUUUUUUACGUUCUUCUAAAAAAAAGAACCAACUGUAAAUUCCAGUAACUUUGUGCAUUUAGUUGAAUCUUUUGCGCUGCUUAAAUCUUUCACAAUCCCUGCAGUCAUCGCUUCAGUGAUGCAGUGUUCACGGCGGAGACUUGUUUGUACAUACAGUAGUGCCUUAUUCAAAAAACUACACCGGUUGCUUCUUAACUUCAGCCAUCUUAGAGAUCCAGUAGCAGCGCACCAAACUGUUAUGAUGGGAAGCACUCCAAAAUAUCUCUAAUCUUUUUCGUUUGAACUUUGUUGCCUUAGACUUCUGUGUAUGUUGUUUAACUAUUCUUAAUCAGGGUUAAGUUCAGUUCACUCUCAGUUUACGUCUGAAAGGUGCUCUUCAGACCUUUUUUAUGUGCUUGAGAUUUUAAAGCCUGCUAAGAGGACAUUUAAAGAAAAUGCUAAGUCAUCAGCAGAAAACAUUUCUGUUGAUUUUGUGCAAAACAGCUUUGGUGCAAGCUUGCUUCUUUAUUCUGCAUGUGUUUUCAUUUAGUUUUUCAGUUUUGCGCUGAUGUAUGUGGUGCGCUGCAGAGUGUCCAAAAUAAUCAGUAUUUAAUCAUUAUGAUAUCAUAAAAACUGCAAAAAGAGGAAGCAAACAUUGUGAAAUUAUUAGAUGAAGUCAAACCUAAUACAUUAUUAUGAAUUUAAUAUUACUUUCACAAUAAAACAUGUUUUUAUUUCGUAGCUGUUGCUGUGCCUUCUAAGAGGCUUGGACCACAUGAUGUGAGGGCGGGGGAGAAAUAUAAAUAUACUGUCAACAAAGAGACAUUUAAAAAAUAAGUUUAAGUAUUUAAUAAACAUUUUUAUACAUUUCAAAUUGUAUUAUUAUAUUGUGUAUUUUAUCAUAGUGAUUUGUAUUCUAUUUAGUCAUAAUAAUAUGUUUAGUUAUAUUAAUGUCUUAUUCAUUGGUUUAAUAUUGCAGAUUUUGUAGUUCCAUAUCAAACGGUGUGAAGCCUUGCAUAACAUAAAGAUUCAACAAGUAGGACUAAUUAAUAAGACAGUUUCCAUUCAUCUCGCCCUGUCCUUAGAGAAACAUAGAGACUCACGUCAGCGUCUAAAGCUUGGCUCAUUUAAAACCUGAGGGAUUAUCAGAGUGGACUCAGAAUAUUAUGUAAUGGGAACAACAGAUAAUCCAUUUAAUAAACCAACUGAUGUCCCAAUGUGUCCAACUUAAAGCUCCUGUAAGAUUUGAACAUUUCUGGGGGAAAAAGACACAAUGAACGAUCGUACCAAUUUCGACUAUGAUUGCAUUUAAUAUCAAAAAGAUUUCCAUUAGAAUAAUUAGAUUUGCUUAUAGUGUGUGUUUCCAUGUUGCUAAGGCAGAGCGUCAUUAUGUCUUUUUUAGUUUUUGGUCCCUAUAGAAUAAAUUCAUUAAAAUUGUAAUAAGUAAGAAGAGUUCAAUAUUAUAAUUUUUUAACCCUUUACCUUAAAAGUAAAAGGAAGCGAGGAAGUUGCUAUGUAUUCAGACAUCCCCCUUCAUCCCUGUGGACGUCACCUCUGGUCGUAUUUUAGGAUUGAUUUUCCAGGCUCUCAUGUUGCAGCCUUCAUGGGUCCAGUAUGAAAUCACUUUAAAUGAAGAGCUGCAAGAGGAGGUGUUCUUACUCGCCCAGACAAUUCUCAGAUGAUGCUUCAAAGGAUGCAUUGAUUUUAUAGGGCCUUGGGGCCGCAUCCAUUGUGUGGGCCUGCGCAGUGUAAUAUCCCUAUUGUCCAUCUCUCCCUUAAGGUGAGCUUUGAAAGAUGGCGUGCUGUUGAGAACAUAUAGUCCUCUUGGACUAGAAUGUCAACCUUGUGACUUGUGUUUUAGGUUUAUGCCGAGCAAAUUCCAUUUCUGCUGGAUAGCAGUCGUUUGCUGUAGUGCAAAGCUUAGUGGAAGUAAAAAGUGCUGUGUGUAAUGUGUGUGAACAGUUCAAAUGUGAGCCUCGACAUUAAAGCCAAAGAGAUGCAUUUAAUACCCGGAAAAUAUCCUCAGCUCCUGCCUUCUCUCUUUACAGUUUACAUGUAGAACCUGAGCUUUGUUUGUCUGCAGGACUUUGUUGAAUUGACUGAGCUGAGUGUGUUUACAGGUUUACUGGUAUGAGUGCUCUCUGCUUCGUUAUUUAUUUAUGAGCAGGGCAUUUGCUUCAUUCCGCUCUUCUCUCCACGAUCAAACUGCGAGGGUGUGUCUCCACCCUCUGCUCAAAGAUGCGUUUCUGUUUUGUUUUUUAAACCGGUAGAUGACGUCAUCGGCUCUUCCUACCACAUCUGUGCCAACUUUCCCUCAUUAGACAGCUGCCUCAGACUGUUGAUCUGUGUGUGUGUGUGUGUGUGUGUGUCUGUGUGUGUGUGUGUGUGUGUGUGUGUGUGUGUGUGUGUGUGUGUGUGUGUGUGUGUGUGUGUGUGUGUGGGAGACAACAUCAGCCCAUAGUGGGGUUGUGGUGGAGUCAGUAUCUGUGGAUCAAUUACCCAGAAGGCACCUGUCUACCCUUUCCACACAUAGGCCCUCAACACACACAUACACACUGAAGGCACAAACACACCCACGGGACUUCAAAAUAUUACCUUACUUGCCCGUGCCAAAAUAUUACCACCAUGUCACACCAAAGAGCCUCAGAUGGGUUUUUUUGCCAAACAUGGAGCUGGUGCUGGAGGCUUUAUGUUUGUAAUCCUCUCCUCUGCCUUCUUACAUUUAUUACAUGAUGCCAAAGUAAAAUGAUCUUUGCCUUUUGGAGAUACGACUUGAAAUACAUAAAACAUCGAAAGUGUCCUGAAAUCCAAUAACGUCCAAAUAUGUCCACAUAAAAGCUUUCUAUUAGCUCACUUCUUCACUUCACUUAUAAGUGGUCAUUUUGUGUAUAGAUAGGUUUUAUUUGUCAUUCUCAAAGAAACCGAACAAAUAUUUCACACAAUUAAAGGACAGAAAUGUUCCGUCCGCCUGAAUGCUCCGCCACUGUCGGCGUGUGUUUAAUUCAGCAUUUGGUGUAUGAAUAAUUUUGUUGAUCAUCACCUCACUUAGUGCAGGGCAGGGUGCAGUGGAGACACCUGUCACCUAAAUGUUUGUUUUUUCUUUUUAUACAUUUAUGUUCCUAUUUUUAAGCCUGAACGCCUAAAGAGCAGCCGGCAGUAGACAUGAGCUGUGGAACUGGGGAAAUGUUCAUCCACAGUAAGUUAGCAAGCUCCACUGCAGCUGAAAGGAUGUGCCCACAUCAGUUUUUGCCCUCGGGGUAGCAAUGGCAACGUAAUGUUCGAGCUUUGUCUUCCAACUUCUUUCAUGCCUGUGUUACCGUCAGGCAACGCACAGGACAAGACGUAUCCAUGUUUCUGCUCUACAGAUUCUUUAGUGGCAUAUUAUAUGCACAUAACAUCAUCAUACACAGUAUACUUAAAAGAGAUGGUGUAGUAUUUGUUAGUUAAUCUAAUUUUAUACAGUUUUGAAAUCACUUUACAGACACUAUCAACACCAUAUUUGUAUCAAUGUUCACCAAAAUACUCAUUAUUUUCAUUGGAAUGAAUUGUUUUGCCAUUUUAAAUCCCGGUAUAUCAAACCAGUAAACAGAAUGUAUAGUAAAUGGACCAAAAGAUGCCUACUGUGCAAUUAAAAGUAAGCACAACCACCUUUUAUUUAACAUGAGUUGUGGUAUAACAGUCUGAGAUCAGUUUGGAGGAGAACACAGGAGAGAAGUCUGAUUAAAGACUCGACUUGUGCUUCAUCCUCAGUAAACUGAACUCUCAUUUUAUGAUGAGGACGGACACAUACAAUGAGAAAGUUGUAGUCCUACACGAGCCAAAACUCUCUCCCCCCCCAAACAACCCUGAGAAAUGACAUCGGCGAGGCCGAGAGGACAGUGGGUAACGUAGUUUAUGUCCAACUUCAAUAAUAGACUCCUAUAGGCUGCAGUGAAGGAGAGGUUUAUGGGUAAUGUAGUCUGAAGUCAUGCUAGAGAUGGUGUACGGGUAAUACUGUUUUUAUUUUAUUUUUAGGUGAAUGUCAAUAAUACAAUCUAUGCUCCAUUCAGGUAACAAAGGACCUCGUUCCUCUGGGCAGCAGGUGGUGGCACAAAAGAAGUGUUAGCAGCUAUGUUGCCUUGUGCCAAUUCAAGGCAACAUAACAAUUUCUGAAAUCCCCCAGCUGAAGGAUUUGAGCUGAAUUUGGAAAUGUAAAUGAGCUGUGGUGUCUUUCUGCUGACUUAUUUAUGCUUCAAAUUUAGAAGUUUAGUUUGGCCUGUAAAUGCUUCUGGGUCGUCUUAUAAUAUGUUCAGUUCCCACUCCAUAAAAUGAGCACUUAAGCUUCUGCAGAGCCAGAGAGAUCCUGCUCUUCUGCUGGACUGGGAGAGGAUUCAGAAAGCUGCAGGGCAUGUGGUCGUAGUAAACUUGUGUAGAAUUAAGGAGGCAAAGUAUGAGCUGGUAAAAGUCCUCACGUUCAUCAUGCUGUCAACUCUUACUGCUGCAGCUUUUUUAGCCUUUAGCCCUCAAACGUCCACAUCAUUUAACCCCUCUGUCGAUACCAACCAAUCUAUUCUGUACAGAUCAUCUACAGCCAAAUCUACACGCCUCCUUAUUGUUUAUUUGCAUCUGUGUGUGUGUGUGUGUGUGUGUGUGUGUGAUGUAUUUUACUGAGCUCUGUAAGUAAAAUAUAUCUGCUGUAUCUCCCUCACUGCUGUGAUAAUUUAUUGAACGUUGUAUUUAUACAUAAGAGAAAUGACAAUAAAGCACCACAUGAGUAACUUUA